CUUAGUUGACUUUUAGGGCUAGCAACAAACAGGAGUGAAAAUUUAAAAAGAUUAUCCGUCUAAUCUUUGUUGAUAAAAUUUUAUUAGGUAGUUAUCUUUAACUGACCUUGAGUGGUCAAGUAACAAACGAGUUCCGAUCUAUUCAUUCACUUGUUUUAUUUAAUGGAGGACGGUACUCUACGCUGUUAGUUGUAUGUAGAUAUUAUUAGAUAAAUACAUAAUUUAAUGUUACGAUGGUGUCUAUUAAAGUGUUGUCUUUGACGCUGUUGGUGUUUUUAGUGAAUUGUUCAGAUUGUUAUCAUGUUCUACUUGUGUUUAAUUUGCCGGGGAAAAGUUUGAGUAUACUUGGAGAAUCAUUCGUUCGGCACCUUUUGAAUGCAGGUCAUGAGGUGACUUAUGUAACGCCUUUCCCAAUGAAAAAUAAACCAAAAAACAAUUUCCAUGAAGUUGAUGUUAGUGAAGGUGUGGACAAGUUAUUUGCGGAAAUAUGCAACAUAACGUUUUUACUAGAGAACACGCACUUUGAAAGUGAUGAAGAGGAGAUAAUGCACCUGGGUGUAGAAGUAGCAGAAAUGACUCUAACGAAUCCAAAUAUGUUAAAACUGUUAAAUGAUAAAAUUCAGAAAUUUGAUGUUGUUGUUGGAGACUAUUUAGCCUCAGAACUGGUAGCCGGAAUAGCAUACUAUUACGACUGCCCAAUGAUAUGGAGCUACUCUAUGGGUGUGGACUCUGCAAUCCUGAAGCUGGUUCACGAGCCGACGAACCCCUCGUACAUCCCGGACUACAUAUCCUUGAACAUACCGCCUAUGUCGUUCACGCAGCGUGUCGGAGAGCUGUGGACUCUGAUACGUAACACUUGGGUAAAAAGGCACUCAGUUAUGCCUAGAGAGUUGGCAUUUUACAAGAAAUUCUAUAAACCACUGUUGGCAAUGAAAGGAAAGCCUCUGCCAGCGUAUGAGGAUGUCAUGUAUAACGCAUCUCUGGUGCUGGUGAACUCUCACCAAGCGUCCGGGGGGCUGGCGGCCAUCCCUCAAAGUGUCAAACUGAUCGGAGGACAUCAUAUCAAUGGACCUGUUGCACCCCUUCCGGAUGAUUUAAAAGAAAUAAUGGACAGUUCUACAAACGGAGUGAUUUACUUCAGCAUGGGCUCGAUUUGGAAGAGUGCUUCGAUGCCAAUAACUUUAAGAGAUAAUCUAGUUCGUAUGUUCGGAUCAUUGAAGCAGACAGUUCUUUGGAAAUUCGAAGAGGAAAUACCAAAUCUGCCCAAAAACAUUCACACUUUGAAAUGGGCUCCGCAACAUAGCAUAUUAGCUCAUGAAAACUGCAUGUUGUUCAUAACACAUGGCGGCCUCGGCUCUUCUACAGAGGCACUUCACUUCGGUGUCCCAAUUCUAGGCGUGCCGAUAUCUUUUGAUCAAUUCCUGAACAUAAAUAGAGCAGUAUCGAAAGGAUAUGCGCUGAGUGUGAAGCUAUCAUACAAUUUACACAACGAUUUAAAAGUGGCAAUUGAUACAAUUGCAACUGACCCUAGCUUCAAAAGCAAUGCAAAGGAGUUGUCGGAGAUAUACCACGACCGUCCAGUGAAGCCGGGAGAGGAGAUUCCGCACUGGGUGCGCCACGUGGUCCGCACGCGCGGCGCCCCGCACCUGCGCUCCCCGGCGCUCAUGGUGCCCUGGUACCAGAAGACCUAUCUUGAUUUGGUAGCUCUAUUUUUAUUAGUAGUUUUGUCAUUGUUUUUACUAGCCAAAAAGUUAAUGUUUACAGUUAAAAGUGCCAAAGUCAAAUCUAAUUAAAUAUUUAGUAAUUUAUUA